GAAAAGCCAGGCAGGAAGAGGCAGUAAUAAGAAACAUUUUUAACUUCUCCCACCUCCAGAGCUUGCCAAACCACUGCUUUCAGGGCGAGAGGGAAAGCACAGAGGGGACUGGAAAGAAAAUCCUGGCUUCCACUCCCCCAUUCUUCUCCUGCCUUCAACACACCGGCCUCCCUGAGAUAGGCUUCACCAGAACUAAGCUUCAGACUAAAUCAGGGGAUGCUGUUCCUUUAAAGUUGGAAAAUCCAGGAGGGUUUGUACUGUCAUCAGAAAGGAGACCCAUGAAUCUAUCUCAGGCUAGGCAUCCAAGAAUUGUGACGAGCUGUCCAGGGUGAUCUAAACAAACGCAUCUCUCGGGGGGGGGGGGAUCACUUCAGCCUUUGGUACCGAAGAAAAAUCUCACAUUUUUGGGAAAGCGUUAGCUAAGGCCUGCUGAAAGCAGGAAGACAGCAGGAUACAGGACGUGCCCAAGCGCUGGUGUCUUCCACCUACAAAGACUCCUGGAGAAAAUGCUGCAAGGAGUCAUCGCUGGCCUUUUUUUGGCACUCCUGAGCCUCCCAAGAAACAUUACAGCUGGUAAUCUGACCUGUGUUUGCGAGCAUACAGACUGUGAAAAAAACCUCAUUUGUUCAGGGAAGCUGUGUUUUGUUAGCAGACAUCAGGAGGAUAGAGAAAUUAUCCACAAGAAAGGAUGUCUGAAAGCUGACUCUGAGCUCUGUUGGGGCUCCUUCACAGAAAAGUAUGGCAUGAAAUGCUGCUGGUCCAACAUGUGUAAUCGGAAUCUCGCCAUCCAGUUGCCAGGUGAAAGCAAUCAGUCAGAAGAGAGCCCUUCUCUUAAGAACCUUCUCCUGAUGAUCCUGGUUCCGUUGUUUGCUAUUUUGGUCCUUGCUGCAUUGGUGGGACUCUUUGUAUGGAAGGUGGUCCAGAGCCGGCAGAGACAAAUGCUGUUUGGGUCUGAUGAACUGGAGGACAUGGAUUUCAUGUUGAAGGCAUCCAUAGCUGGUGACAGUACUUUAGAAAACUUGUUGAAUGACGAUUGCACCACUGGAAGCGGCUCUGGGCUGCCCUUCCUCGUCCAAAGAACUGUGGCUCGGCAGAUCAGCCUAGUUGAAUGUGUCGGCAAAGGGCGCUACGGUGAGGUGUGGCGUGGUACAUGGCAUGGGGAGAAUGUAGCAGUCAAGAUCUUCUCUUCCCGUGAUGAACAGUCAUGGUUCCGUGAGACGGAGAUCUACAACACAGUGCUGCUGAGGCAUGACAACAUCUUAGGAUUCAUUGCCUCCGACAUGACAUCAAGGAACUCAAGCACACAACUGUGGUUGAUCACCCACUACCAUGAGCAUGGCUCCCUCUAUGACUACCUGCAGUGCACACCACUGGAUGUGGAGAGCUGCCUGCGCCUGGCCACCUCCAUCAUUUGUGGGCUUGUUCACCUCCACGUGGAGAUCUUUGGCACCCAGGGGAAGCCAGCCAUUGCUCACCGAGACCUGAAAAGCAGGAACAUCCUGGUCAAGAACAAUAAACAAUGCUGCAUUGCUGAUCUGGGUCUGGCAGUCAUGCAUUCCCAGAGCAGCGACUACUUGGACAUUGGGAACAACCCACGAGUGGGCACCAAACGUUAUAUGGCUCCGGAGGUUUUAGAUGAACAGAUUCGUAUGGAUUGCUUUGAAUCCUUCAAGCAGACUGAUAUAUGGGCAUUUGGCCUUGUCCUCUGGGAGAUAGCCCGGAGAACAGUCAUUAAUGGGAUUGUUGAAGAUUACAAGCCUCCUUUCUUUGAUAUGGUGCCAAUCGACCCGAGCUUUGAUGACAUGAAGAAAGUGGUUUGCGUUGACCAACAGACACCCACCAUUCCAAAUCGGCUGUACUCAGAUCUGACUUUGUCUGCCUUGGCUAAGAUCAUGAAGGAAUGCUGGUUCCAGAGCCCGACAGCCAGACUCACAGCUUUGAGGAUUAAAAAGACACUGAAAAAGCUCAGCAACUCCUUCAACAAACCCAAACAACACUCUUAACUGCAGGGACCAGCUCUGGGACCAAGAUCAAAUUUCUGACUUAUUGGCUCAGCAAGAAAGUUCAAGGUCACUCCUUCAACUUCCGGUGCUGGUCCUGGCCUCUGUCCAUGGGUACAGCAAAUCUUGUUUGAAAUCUGGCCAAGAGGAUUUGGGCUAGAGCCCCUACAACUGGGAUUGAUCCUUUGCAGGAAAAUUUCAUAGAACAGAUGACAGCUUCAGGCUUCCUUCAUUUGUUUUCUCAAGCAACAAAAAUCUGGGGGGGGGAGAACACCCACCUCCCCUAGAACAUGCAUUAAUAUAAAUACCCCCUGAAUCUGUAACCUGACGCCAGCCCGUCUCGCCACCAACGCCUGAAAAAUGGGAGGGAUCGUACUUGGAAAGAGCACAGCUGCUCUGCCCAAAGGGCUGCUGCCUUGGAAACACCGAUUAAGGGCCAUUCAUAAGCCAGUAUUUAGACUGAGCCUAUAGGAUGUGUGUGUGUGUUCUGUCCACAUCAUGUGUAUGUGUGCAUGGUACGCAUAUGUGCAUACAAAAGAAAGUAGACAAAGAGGCACAUACUUGCAAGACCAGGAUCAGCUUCACAUGCACCUGUAUGCUAUUGUUCUAUGCCGGCAGAAUUUCAGACUGCUACAGCCACAGCUGUUUGCACAUAUAUGAACACAGAAGGCUUUCUGAAUGGAUAGAAGUGAGCAAAUGUGUUGUUUUCUUAGUAUUACUUUCAAACAUGACUCCAAAAAAGGGGGGGCUACAAAAUAAUCCAGAGGGUGUGAAAAAUUUAAUUAAGAAGAUAACAGGAUAGUGUUGCACUGUGUGUGUGAAAAGAUGAGCUCCAAGAAUUGAGAUAGGUCAAAGCAAUGUCUCUCCACCAUUAGAAUGGGCAUUAGCAACUCCCCCCAGGAACAUUCCCAUAUCCCAGGCAUCACAGGGACCAAGGAGAGCCCAAUAAGCAUGGGUGCUCCCACUUCCUUCCUGCACUUCCGAGCCAGGUUGCAAAGGAAAAAUGUUUCUUUGCAUCCCCAGCUUGUAUUCAAGUCACGGCUAUGAAGGUAGAAUUGGUAAUGCAGUUACAGUACGCUCCUGUCCUGAUUCUUCUUCCUUUUAGCUGGAGCUUGAAUUUUCCCACUGCAGCUUGAGAUUUCCUGUGCCUAUCAUAUAUGAUGUCUGGUCUGGGAAAGUUGGGUGUGGUUUGCCCCAAACAACCUGAUGAGCCAAACUUUGAAGCCUGGCAGGCCUAUUUAGGCCCAUGGGCUAGAGGCUCCCCACUAACAUCUGAUUCAAACAUUGCACAUCCCUUACAUGGUGGCAUUAUAUGCAUAGGAUGCAACAUUUGCAAGUUGCAUAUAGUGUAUGCAUUAUUCCAACCACAUAAAGAAUCUCUGCGAUAAGUGCCACCAGGUAUGAAUUGCAUAGACCAUGCACGAUUGGGCCGGUGCACACACAAACAGCUUGCAAACAUGAUGCCCUGUGCAUGGAACGUGGUCAUUUGGAAAUGUCUUCUAGGGGUUGAAACAUUUUAAUCAGCCUCCAAGUUACAUUGUCACCCCUAAGAAAUUAACCUUCCUCACCUUGCAUCCUUCAGAUACAUUUAUAUCUGCACAUAAUAUAUCCAUGACAGGGCAGCUGAGUAAACCUAUGUGAAAGACAUGUAAUCUUAUUUCACAAAGAAAACUCUAAGUUGCUUUCAAAAUGUCAGUAUUUUGCACGAAUAUGGGUUUUAUAUUUAUUAAAUUUGCAUUAAAAAAAGCUCCCACAAAGUUUGUCAUUUU